AUGGAUCAACAGCAGUCACAGCAGCAACCCAUCGAAUUUACUUCACACAAAAUGAAGAAUCCCUACUCCACAACGAACAGUAAGGGCGGUGCGUCCAGCAACAGCCAUAAGGAUAACAACGAGCACAAUAACAAUAUCAUCGACAUAAAUUACAAUUCAUUGAAUAGCCACCACAAUAGACUGCAUACACUAAAAGAUGCAACAAAGCUACAGCAUGCAGACAUGUCGGGCGAAGAGGGGUCGUCAAAUGAAAAACCAUUUCCAAAAGUUCCUCAACCAUAUUUUGAUUUGUCCAUGCCGCGUAAUAUUACAGCACGCGCUGGACAAAUAGCAGCCAUAAAUUGUCGUGUGGAAAACUUGGGUGAUAAAUCAGUAUCCUGGAUACGCAAAAGAGAUUUACACAUUUUGACAGCCGGUAUAUUGACAUACACUUCUGAUGAAAGAUUUAAGGUCACACGCACUUUGGAUAGGAAACAAUGGUCAUUGCAUAUAAAAUAUGCACAGCCACGUGAUAGUGGCAUUUAUGAGUGUCAAGUUAAUACGGAACCCAAGAUGUCAAUGGCUUUCCGUUUAAAUGUUAUUGUGACACCACCAGAUGCCAAAGCAUCAAUUUCCGGUCCAGCGGAUUUGUAUGUGAAAAUCGGCAGUGCCAUAACGUUAACAUGCCAUAUAAAGCAACCUUCCUCAGCUCAUGAUAUUGGACCAAUACAUUGGUAUCGUGGACCAUACAUACUGACACCGUUUGUGGUACAUCCCAAUGAGGCAGCCAUCGAUAUGCAACGUAUUUCAAUGGAAUCGAAAUUGGGAGAUAAAUUGCAAAGCAGACUACGCAUAUCAAAUGCCCAACUAGCCGAUUCGGGGAAUUACACCUGUAUGCCAACCACUGCGGAGGCAGCCAGUGUAGUGGUUAAUGUUUUAAAUGAUGAAAGUCCAGCCGCCAUGCAGAAAAGUUCAGCAACAGCGUUAUUACAACAACAGAAACAACAACACCCAUAUUUGAAUAUAUUAACAAUAAAAUUAAUAAUUUUAACAUUAAUAUUCAUAUUAAUACAGAAGAAUUUACAAUUAUGGCAAAUUAAAAGUUAUUAUCAACAACAACAGCGACAUCAGCAACUACAACGUCAUCAGCAACAUCAUCAUCAGCAUCAUUAUCAGCAACAAUAUUUCCAUUUGUGUGCUGCCAAUACAACUUCAUCAUCAUUACCUUCUUCAUUUUGUUUAUCAUUAUCUUCAUGAUAGUAUUAAAUUAAAUUAAAUUUUGUUAAAUAUUUAUUUCUUUUUUUUCUCAAUUUGUUUCAAUUUAGUUUUUAAGUUUUAAGAAUUUAAACUAGUAAAUUAUUGUACAAAAUAGUAGUUGAAAUCUUUUUCUAUGAAUAUCCACUCACACACACACACACUCCAAAUGAAAUACAAAUAUUAAUUAAAAUUUAUAAUGUUUUUAUUAAGGGAAAAAAGGAAAUCUUUAUAAAAUCUAUUAGAAUUAAGCUUUAGAUUAAAAUAAUCUUAAA